AUGGUAUUAUAUGUUAUAGGUUUAGGUUUAGGUGAUGAAAAAGAUGUUACAAUUAAAGGCUACGAAGCAAUUAAAAAGAGUAAUAAAGUUUAUUUAGAAGCCUAUACAUCUUUAUUAGGUGGAUCAACAUCAACAGAAAGUUUAGAAAAGUUUUACGAAAAGAAAAUUAUAAUUGCAGAUAGAGAAAUGGUAGAAUCAGGAUGUGAAGAAAUGAUCGAAGAAUCACGUGAACAAGAUAUUUCAUUUUUAGUUGUUGGUGAUCCAUUUGGUGCAACUACCCACACAGAUUUAGUUAUUCGUGCUAAAGAAAAGGGUGUACCAACUAAAGUUAUUCAUAAUGCAUCUAUUAUGAAUGCUAUUGGCUGCUGUGGUCUUCAACUUUACUCUUAUGGUCAAACUAUUUCAAUGGUUUUCUUCACUGACUCUUACAAACCAGACAGUUUUUAUGACCGUGUUAAAAUAAAUAUGCAAAGUGGUAUGCACACAUUAUGUUUAUUAGAUAUCAAAGUUAAAGAACAAUCAAUCGAAAAUAUGUUACGUGGAAGAAAAAUUUAUGAACCACCAAGAUUCAUGACUGUAAAUCAAUGUAUCGAACAACUUUUAGAAAUUGAAGAUAUCCGUAAAGAGGGUAUUUAUUCAAAAGAUAGUUUUGGUAUUGGUUUAUCUCGUGUUGGCCAAGACGAUCAACAAAUCAUUUCAGGUACCUUUGAAGAAUUAAAAGAUGUUGAUUUUGGUGAACCACUUCACUCAUUCAUCAUCUGUGGUGAUAUGCAUUUCAUCGAAAAAGAAUAUUUCGAAACUUUUAGAAUAAAGAAAAAUUAA